CCCAGGCCGCGGAUUAACGAACUGACCAGAAACUGAGUGCAGACAUGGCAGUUUACUUUGAUCAUCAUGUUGAAGCCCCAGAUACUGCAGGUGCUCCAUCACAAAUAGCUUGGCACAUUAGCCAUCCAUUGCUGGCAGUUGCCUCUGUCAGUGGCACUGCAGGGGGCAGUGUAGACAUCUAUGGGGAACAGGGCGAGCAUAUUCCAAAUGCACACUUAGAGCGAUUAUUUCAACCAACAGCCAUCUGUUGGCAUCCAUCUAAAAGGAUUCUGGCAACAGGCUGGGAAGCAGGAGAGAUCAUACUGUGGAAUGAACAGGAUGGGGAGGAACAACAGUCAGUCACUGAAGCACACUGUGCUGAUAUCACCCUGCUGGAAUGGAGCACCAAUGGCAACCGGUUGAUUUCUGCUGAUAAGCUUGGUGUUCUGCUGGUGUGGCGGGUGGAUCAGCGAGGACGUAUGCAUGGAUCGCCUCUCUUUAAGGAGGAAUAUAGCAGGCAUCUGUCCCACUGUGUUUUCAGACCAGCUGCCCUUGGAGAGGACCUGGUGCAGUUGGCUAAAGCUGCAGUUAGUGGAGAUGAAAGUGCACUGGACAUGUUUAACUGGAGAAAGACUGGAAAGGGAGGUGCACCACUCAAAGUUGGACCCCAGGAAGGACUAGCUUUCUUCAUCAGUGCAACAGAUGGCUCUGUAUACUACAUGGACGAAAGGGGGAAGACCUCACAGGCUUUCCAUAUGGAUGGACCGGUCAGGAAACUCAUGUACAUGGAGAGCAAGGACAUCCUGGUUGUGGUGACCGAGACACUUGUGCUGUCGCAGUACAGUGUCAGUGCAGACGGGGCAACUCAGGAGGUCAUAAAGGUGAAGCUGAGUGGAAAAGCGGGUCAUGCAGCUGAUAUUAUCUGGGCAGAGAAGGGACUUCUUCUCACAGCAACAGGAGAGAUAGUUAUAAGACUCUGGGACUUGGAGCGAGAUGAGAACUAUGUGUUGAUGCUGGAGGAGAACUUGGGCUUUGUUGCUGGGGAAAGCAUUAAUUGCAUCUCGUAUUGUGCAGCUAAAGGAAUCCUUGCAGCCGGCACCAACAAGGGGCACAUUGCCAUGUGGCGGAAAGUGCCAGUCAGCAGGUCGUCUGUGUGGAAAACGGAGGGUAAAGAGCGAUGGAAACUACAGACUCCAAUAGAACUGGAGGGAAAUAUCUCACAAGUUAAGUGGGGCUGCAGUAAGAAUCUCCUGGCUGUGAAGAACGACAGCACGAUCCUCAUCCUCAGCGAGCAGGUCAUGUCUGCCCACUUCAAUCAGCAAGUUGCAGCCGUGCAAGUGGCACCCAACCUACUAAACCUCACCACCUUCUCCUCGGGCACCCAGCAGGCUCUCCGCACCAACAUCCAUGUUAAAGGGACUUUCGUCACCAAGGAGACAGUUACAGUGUGGAACGGAAAAUCCAUCACAGUCUUCGAGCCAUUUGGACCAUCAAUGAAAAACACGAGCUCUUUCCCCUGCGACUCCCCUGUUGUGGUAGUGCACGAGGAGAACAUUUACACUGUGGAGCCAAAUCGGGUCCAAGUCCGCACCCUGCAAGGAACUGUUAAGCAGCUGCUGCCUUUCACUGAGUCGGAGGGAAAUCCCUGCCAUCUUCACAUUUCUGGGAACUUCCUCGUUGUGGGAACAGAUGCAGCAAAUGUCAAAAUUUUCGACCUUUCCCGCAGGGAAGCAAAGCCGCACUGUAACACCAAGAAUAUGACAGAGCUGAUCCCAAACCUGGCGAGCAUUGCAUCUGUGCGCUGUAAUUCAAACGGUACUAACGUCAGCAUCCUCACCAACAAGGCAGAUGGCACACCAGACUCCAAGAUCUAUUUCUAUGAUGUGGAGAUGGACACUUUAAACUACUUUGACUUUGAAAGUGGCCGAUCAACUAAUGAGGGCUGCUCGGCGACUCGAGGGGAAGAUGGUGAUAUUGAGAAGGGGCGCUCUGAAAUGGCCGAGUUUCUGGGUCGCUAUCCGGUCAGUCAUUUCUGGGAUCAGAAUGAGCCCAGGCUGUUUGUGUGCGAGGCUGCUCUAACUGUCCCACUACCAGAGCAGGCUGCAGGCAAGAAAACCCAGAACAUUGAGUGGAAGGUGGAGGUUCUGGUGGUGUCGUUCUUCAGUACUCAGGAACAUGGCCUCCUGUUGCAGGACAGCUUUCCCAAGAUGGCUGCCCACGAAGCCCUGCUGGGUCUUGAGGUUCCCUAUUACUACUUCUCCCGGAAGUCAGGAGAGACAGCGAAUGUAUCCGAGGGGACUCCAGGCUCAUCUUCCAUUCCACAGAUGGUGGCAAAGCGGGCUCUGCGAGACUUUGUUGGGCUGGAGGAUUGUGACAAGACCACGCGAGAUGCCAUGCUGAACUUCAGCUUUUAUCUAACCAUCGGGGACAUGGAUGAGGCGUUCAAAUCCAUUAAACUCAUCAAAAGUGAAGCUGUGUGGGAGAACAUGGCCAGGAUGUGUGUGAAGACCCGACGCUUGGACGUCGCCAGAGUGUGUCUGGGGAACAUGGGUCAUGCCCGCGGUGCCAGGGCCCUGCGGGAGGCUGAGCAGGAGCCAGAGCUGGAUGCCAGGGUGGCCAUGUUGGCAAUACAGCUAGGAAUGCUGGAGGACGCAGAAAGGCUUUACACAAACUGUAAGCGAUUUGAUCUUCUGACCAAGUUUUACCAGGCUUCGGGGCAAUGGGAGAAAGCCAUCAGCACGGCAGAGAAGUCUGAUCGCGUGCACCUCAGAACCACUUACUAUAACUAUGCAAAGCACCUGGAGGCCAUGGGAGAACAGCACCUUGCACUCAGCCACUAUGAGAAAUCAGAUACGCAUCGCUUCGAGGUCCCCAGAAUGCUCUUGGAAGACCUGCAAGCACUGGAGAUUUACGUCAACAAGGCAAAGGACAAGAGUCUGUGGAAAUGGUGGGCUCAGUACUUGGAAAGUCAGGCAGAAAUGGAUUCCGCCCUGAAGUACUAUGAGAUGGCCCAAGACUACCUAUCGCUUGUCCGAGUUCAGUGCUAUCUGGGCAAUAUAAGCAAGGCUUCUGAAAUUGCCAAUGAGACAGGGAACAGGGCAGCCUCCUAUCAUCUGGCUCGUCAAUAUGAGGGUCGGGACAAUAUGAAACAAGCCAUUCACUUCUACACCCGCGCACAAGCCUACAACAACGCCAUCCGCCUCUGCAAGGACAAUGGCUUGGAUGAUCAUCUAAUGAACUUGGCUCUGCUGAUCCCCGAGGACAUGAUGGAAGCUGGCCGCUAUUAUGAAGAGAAGGGACAGCAAAUGGACCGGGCAGUGAUGCUGUACCACAAGGCUGGUCACUUUUCCAAGGCCCUGGAGCUGGCUUUUGCUACCCAGCAGUUUGGAGCAUUGCAGCUCAUUGCUGAAGAGCUGGACGAGACAUCAGACCCCGCUCUUCUCGCUCGUUGUUCUGACUUCUUCAUUGAGCACAAGCAGUUUGAAAAGGCAGUGGAACUCCUCGUCAUUGCAAAGAAGUACUAUGAGGCUCUGCAGCUGUGCCUGGACCAGAACCUGACGAUCACAGAGGAGAUGGCUGAGAAGAUGACGGUGUCGAAGGAUUCAAAGGAGCUGGCGGAGGAGAUGCGUCGAGAGCUGCUGGAGCGCAUCGCGGACUGCUGCAUGAGGCAGGGCAACUACCACUUAGCGACCAAAAAGUACACGCAGGCCGGCAACAAGCUGAAGGCCAUGAGGGCUCUCCUGAAGUCCGGGGACACGGAGAAGAUCGUCUUCUUUGCAGGUGUUUCUCGUCAGAAGGAGAUUUACAUCAUGGCGGCCAAUUACCUGCAGUCACUGGACUGGCGGAAGGAUCCCGAGAUCAUGAAGAAUAUCAUCAGUUUCUACACCAAAGGUCGAGCCAUGGAUCUGCUAGCGGGCUUUUACGAAGCCUGUGCACAGGUGGAGAUUGACGAAUACCAGAACUAUGAGAAAGCUUUAGGGGCCCUGACUGAGGCAUACAAGUGCAUGUCUAAGGCUAAAAUGCGGAGUCAGAAUGAGCAGGAAGAGAGACUGGGACGACUGCAGAACAAGCUGGCCAUAGUGAAGAGAUUCGUACAGGUCAGAAGGCUGUAUGAAGAGGAUGCCAUGGAGGCCAUAACUCAGUGCCAGGUGCUGCUGGAGGAGCCAGAGCUAGACCUGUCAGUGCGGAUCGGUGAUGUGUAUGCCUUCCUGGUGGAGCAUUAUGCACAACAGGGCAGCUUCCAGCUGGCGUAUCAGUGCAUGGAGGAAAUGCACAAGAAGCUGCCGUCCACCAACGUGGUGUAUUAUAUCAACCAGCACACAGUGGACAGCGUGUGUAAGGCUCUCGGCCUCCCCCUGAAGUGGAGCUCAACAACAGCCGCCGAGCAGAUCGAGACCAACAACACCGAGGAUGGGGAGGAGGUGGAAGAAGAGGUCCCGGAGGAAUCGCUCCAUAGCCCAGAGGAUUGAGCUGCCUCCGAGACCACAAGAACCCACACCAAAGGCUGGAGCCUCAGUGCUGUACAGUGAGUGCUUGCUGAACCUCAGCUGUACUUCACUCCCAGGUUUCAAUGAAAUUAAAAAUGACACUCAUUAACAGCCCCUCCCCCAUGUACACAACAGCUCGCACUCCAGUGAGACUGGUUUCCUGCACAAACUGUCAGCCCACAGGAAGUGCCAAGACCUUUUAUGACAACCCCCAUCCCCCCAAUUGGUGUACAGUAUAUCCUGUGCUCAGCCAACGAAUGUGUAAGGCAACUAGAGCAGCCCGGCUUUGCUGUAAUGAUGUCUCUGAUGUCCCUCCAUGAACCUGACACACACUCACAUCUAAACUUAAGGCUGCUGACUAAGCUCUCAGCCCAAGGUAACACGAACGUCUGGUUUCCAUUAGUCCUGCAGCCAAAUAACAGGGCCAGACCAGGAGCUGUUUGCAUGAGCUGCAUUGUGGAUUAUGACGGUCAUUCCAGCUGCACUAGGGCUCCUGCUAUCUUAUCUUCUCUCUGGGGUUUGUUGAAUGUAAUUGUUUAUUUACACUUUUAUAUAUAUAUAUUUUGGUUAAUAUUUAUUCAAUCGAUCUUCAUAUUUGUAAUCCAAUUUGUAUGUUGCAGGAUGUCGCAAAACAAACAUUCCUUUUCUGCAUAAAAAUGGAAGUUUUUAAAUAUUUUGAUCGGACCGAAAUGGUGAGAGACAACCAAUGGCAACUACCUUUGUGUAUGUGUUUGACUGUGGUUAGGAGCGUGUGUAUGGAUAUGGUGUAACAAAGAAUGUAGAGAACAGUAUAACAGAUUACAGUAUAUAGUGUUAUACUGACUAUGUACUAGGACUGAAGUUUAGCUCAGGUCCCUGGAGAAGAGGAGACUGAACAUUGAGUCUGUGUACAGAUAGAGAGUGAAAGGAGCAGUGCACAACGAAUGACCUGUAGCACAUGUCAUUUAUUGGGCGCUGAAGGAUUGAAGCUACCUACACGGCACUGGGACAGAAAGACGGACUAAUACCACCAUGUUUUGCAAUUCAUUUAUUGAAACAAAGAUAAAUAAACUAUUGUAAAUAA